AUGGUCUUCCCACACAAGGCGGUGUCCGUCGCUCUGACGGUCCAGAUCAGUGGGAUUCCUCUUCAUUUCCAGCUGGACACAGAGUCCUUGGCUACUAUUAUUGAUGACGACUCUCACUGCCACUUGGGUGGUCUGACGCUCCACCCGUUUCCUUGCCCCUUGAAGAGCUAUAGCAAUGACAUUAUCUGCGUGCAGGGGUGGUUUCUGGUGCAGGUGCAGUGUCCCUCUCAUGAUGUCACUGCCAGAGUUUUGGUCCUACUCACCCCCACAGCCACUAAUCUGUUGGGGAUGGAUCUUUUUCAUUCUCUUGUCCUUGAGAUCCAUGAUUUGGACCCAGCAGUCCAAACUGUGUCCCCUGACACUCUUUUACAGGAGAUUUCUGAUUUCUUCCCGGAUGUCUUCUCUGAUGCUUCUCCAGAGGUGUCCGAUUUCAAAGUGCACGUCGAACUACUUCCCCUGCCAGUUCCCAAGUUUCCCAAGACUCAUUCAGCGCCUUUUGCUCUGCGAGACACCCUACACAAGGAACUGAGUCACCUGGAAGAGGAUCCAGUCUCGGUGUUGGUGUUUCCCAAGGGCCGUCCCUGCUGGGUUCCCGCCAAGGUCUCCACGCUUCUCAGCCACACCAUGGCAACUGUCAUCUUCGAUGAUGGUUCCCUCUGUCAAAAGAACUUCGACUAG